AUGAAUAACGAUGAGUCUUUUUAGGAAUUUAAUUUGAACUAAAAUGAUGGCUAAUUGGAUUUUAAUUUUUAAUAAAUAAAUGAAGCUUUGGAUAAAUUCAAAAGUCUUUCUUCUAUUUCUAUAAAUUUCAAUCAAAGAUAAAUUGGAAACGAAGGAGCUAAACAGCUAGGAGAGUCAAUUUCUCAUUUUUAAAAUCUUAAUUCUUUUUAAAUAUAAUUAGAAGAAAACAAUAUUGAUAAUGAUGGUUGUGUUUUUCUAGUCUAAGGAAUAGUUUAGUGUAAAAAUUUAAAAUCAAUUAAGAUAAAUUUAAAUGAUAAUUUAGUUUCUGAUAUUGGUGCAUAAGCUUUGAUGGAAGGCAUACUAACAAAUAUAAAUUUGAAAUAUAUGUCACUCCAUAUGGAAAAUAAUAGAAUUACGGAUUUCACCAUAUAAAAGCUAAAUAAUUUAAUUAGUUCAUAAGUAUUAGGCAUAGUAACACUAGAAAUAAUUCUAAGUGAUAAUUCUAUUAGUGAUAUAGGUGCUUAAUUGUUAGGUAUGGCAUUAAGGAAUUGUGAAAAUGUUUCAUCUGUGAAAAUAUCACUCAAUGAUAAUAAGUUAACAGAAAAUGGUGUAAUAUUAUUAGCUUAGUAAAUACCAUUUAUUAGGAGUUUAGCUGCUUUAGAUCUUUCAUUUGUGAAUUGUAAUUUAACUGAUUUUAUGCCUGAAAAGUUUGGAGAAAUUAUUUUUGCAUGUCCAAACUUAACUAAGAUUUGGUUAAACAUGGGCUUUAAUAACUUAGGAUGUAUUGGAAUACAAAAAUUAGGAGAGUGGCUUCAAAAAAAUUAAAAUCUAGAGUUUAUUAAAUUAAUGUUAUGGAUGAACUUUAUCAGAGAUGUGGGUAUUAUUUAGCUUUCAAAGAGCUUAAAUAAGUGUAAGAAAAUGUAUUUCAUCAGUCUUAACAUAUUUGAUAACAAAGUUACUGAAUUUGGUAUUAAUAAAGCCCAUUAAAGUCUAUGGAAAUCAAAAAGAAUAGUUAAUUUUUAAUUAAUAAAUUGA